AUGAAAGAGAUCAGGAAUAAAACAAUUACUUUGGAGCGCCUGAAGCGAAGUAUUUUGAAUGAAGUGCGCAGCGGCGAUCAGGAGGGUCGAUGUCUCGCACAAUACAAGCGGGAGAUGGAGUUGCUGCAGCAGGAGAAAAUGAGUCAUGUCGAAGAGCUUCGGCAGAUUCACGCGGAUAUUAACGCGAUGGAGACUGUGAUAAAGCAAACGGAGGAAAGUAUGGGGCGUAAAUUAACCAACGCGUCGCGUCUGCACGAAGACUACAGACCGUUGAAGGCGGAAGUCGACAUGCUGAGGCGACAAUGCCUUGGUCUCGACCGUCUCCCUGAUCUACAUGAAGAGGAGGGAUCACCUAUUACACCUGAUCGGUUCCCGGCGGCGAGUCGCAGCUCGCUGGGCGGCGGCGGCGUGUGCGCAGGUGUGGGGGGCGCGGGGGGUGCGGGCGGCACGCCCGCAUUCCUGCCUCCUGCGCCGCGCAAGCCGCCCCCUCCGCCCGCCUUCAGGUCUGCCCUCCAACAAGAUUUCAUUACCGUCUCGCUGAGACAACAGCCGCCGCCCAUGAAGUCGUGUCUCUCGUGCCAUCAGCAGAUCCACCGCAACGCGCCCAUCUGUCCGCUCUGCAAGGCCAAGAGUCGUUCCCGGAAUCCCAAGAAGCCCAAGAAGAAAUAG